GAUAAAACUGCGGCAAUGGCAGGAAUGCACCACCCGUAUUUUAUGUGAUGCUGGAUGGAACCCAGGGGUUUGUAGUGCAUGCUAGGCAGGAUAUAUAUAUCUGCAACCACAAUUGGUAGAAAUGCUUCAAGUCCUUUUCUGUCCGCUUUCCUUCAGUUUUGAUGGUAGCAGUUGCAGCGUCAAGCAAGUGGCUGGAUGGUUUUCGAAAAUGGUAUUAUAAUGCUGCAGGAUUCAAUAAACUGGGGUUAAUGCGAGAUGAUACAAUGGAUGAAAGUGAAGAUGUAAAAGAAGCCAUAAGAAGGCUUCCUGAGGACCUUUAUAAUGACAGAAUGUUUCGCAUUAAGAGAGCCCUGGACCUAACUAUGAGGCAUCAGAUCUUGCCGAAGGAGCAAUGGACAAAAUAUGAGGAGGACAAAUUCUACCUUGAACCCUAUCUGAAAGAGGUUAUUCGGGAACGAAAAGAGAGAGAAGAAUGGGCAAAGAAGUGAUUGAGAUUGUCAUUGAGAUCUGUGGGUAUGCCUGGUCUCAGCAUGUUUUUAUGACAUUAUUUCAACUUGAAUCACAAUUUAAGAAUUAUUGGCUCUGCAGAUGCCUCACUUUAAAUAAAUAUCUACUGUAAA